AAACAAAUCGCCAGUUUUUGGCCAUGACGAGCCAUUUUAUGAGCGUGCUGCGCCAGGCAUUCAAGACAUUCGAUCGAGCCAAUCUUGCCAGCUUCAAUGCCAAUCUUCAGCACCUCAAGCAGCUAACUGAUGAGCUAACCUAUCGGGAUCUGCACAUUAAGGAGGAGCUGUUUCGCGACGAUGUCACCAAUGCCGCCCGUGCACCCUGCAGCUACAUGCACAUCUUCGAGGACGAACGCUUCUCCAUGAGCUUGUUCAUAGUGCGCGGCAACAAUUCGAUUCCGUUGCACGAUCAUCCCAUGAUGUAUGGCCUGCUGCGCUGUAUCUGGGGCAAAUUGCACGUACAGAGCUACUCACAGCAGCUGGCCCCAGAUGAGCCGCUAUUGUAUGAUAUGAAUCCCACGCUGGUCAAGGUUACCGCCGAGGAGCCCAGCCUGGUGACAGCCGAGACAUCGAGCGCAUUGCUCACGCCACGCAAACGUAACUAUCAUCAGAUAACGCAUGCCGGAAGCGGCAUAGCUGCUUUUUUCGAUAUACUAAGUCCACCAUACGAUGCCAAUAUGCCGAUAUAUGGUCCUCGCCGUUGCCGCUUCUAUCGCCCCAAGUCGGAUGGUGACCAGCUGCAGCUGCAGUGCAUUCCUUCGCCAGCUAGCUAUUACUGUGAUUGGACACAAACGCCCGAUUCUGUGCUGCAGUGCGUCUUUAUGUGCGCCACCGAAUCUUACGGCGCCAAUGUCACCGAUGUACAGUGAAGUAUCUAUAAAAUUUAUAUGUAACCUUAAUUUAUUUCCACUCAACAUCACAUACAGCAUGCCAGGAGCGGCAGCUUCAAACAUUUUCUGUGUUAUUUAAAUAAAAUUGCCUCUUUUUUUAAUGUAAA